AUGCAUUUUCCAGGACAACGGGUCGCCGCACGACAAAUUGGUUCUAUAUUCUCUAGUAUUGGGGGAGAACUCACGUCGAUUUUUGCAGGUGUCACUGCUUCGCCAAUCUCGCUACCUUCUCUUGCUCUGCCUUCGGUCGCGGCGACAACAACUUCUUCUUCAGCUGCGGCAGUAAUAACUACCAGUGCGCCAGCCGUCUCUACAUCUCCAAUCACACCAUCAUCCACAUCCACAUCCACAUCCACAUCAAGCAGUACUCCCACUACAAACAGAAACACUUCCACACUAGCCACCAGCACUUCCGCUUCAGACCCCAUUCCGUCACCAAGUACAUCAUCAAUUUCCACAUCAACCAACACCCCCACAUCUGCAAAAAGCAGCUCAACAAACAUCGCCGCAAUAGUCGGCGGAGUCGUAGGCGGUCUCGCAGUCCUCGGCAUCGUAAUCAUAGCACUGUACUGGAUCAAACGGCGGCAUCCCAGUCGAUCAAAAGCCGAACCGGAACUCGAGGCUUCGUAUAUAGCGCCUCCGAAAUACGAAAGCAGCACGCCGCCAGAGGUCACGCAUGCGCAUCAUCAGACGCCGGAUCUCGCGCCGCAGGAAGUAGAUGGGAGGUGGAACCAGGUGUAUGAGCUGCCUGCGGAGCGGAAAUGA